AUGGUGGUCCUGACAGGAGCUCUGGGUCAAAGAGUGAACUAUCCAGAUCCUGUUUGUGGUAUAAAAGGAUCGACCAUCACCCUCCCCUGCUCCUUCACACCACUGGAGUCUGUUGAGAUCAUCAGAGUCAUCUGGUGCAAGAACCAUAAAUUCUGUCGGGGAAAGACUCCGUCUGUGUACGACAGCGAAUCAAACAACAACAACCCUCGUUACAGAUACCUGGGAGACAAGAAGGGAGACUGCACUUUACAGAUCUCAGAUCUACAGGAGGAAGACAAGGCAACCUUUCGCUUCAGAAUGGAAGCUAAUGAUGACAAAGCACAUUGGACUGGCCAAUCAGGAGUGAGAGUCAGCAUUUUACAUCUGGAACAGGAAGAGACUCUCUCCAGAGAUGACGGAGAGUUUAAAAGAGGAGAAGAAGUCACGCUGAACUGUUUUGCUGCAACCUGCAGUAUCCACCAGCUGGAGGUCAGCUGGUUCAGAGAUGGCUCCGCCCUCUCAGAGUCUGGCCCCACCCUCCAUCUCAGCUAUCUGACUGCAAAGGAUUCUGGGAAUUACACCUGUGGUUUGAAGAAGAAGAAGCGCACCCUCUCAGAGCCGUACAGCCUGCACGUGGAGGAAGGAGGAGGUCUGCCUCUGAUCGCUGGUCUGGUGGUCGGGGUCCUGCUGGUUCUCUUUGCUGUUGUUCUGGUUGUCUACAUCAUCAAAAGGAAGAGAGCAGCAGGUCGGGAUCAGACAGCCGUGGGACAGGACGAGGAACAACAGACCGUCAGAGGAGGUGGAGGACUCCAUCAUCUACAGCGCUGUAGCCAGAACAGGCUGAAGACAAACCGCACCAUGAUGGCAGAUCAUGUUUUUUUUAUUUUAUUUUAAAUUUUAAAUUUGAAAAAAGCAACAAAAACUUUCAGAAAAAGCUCAGCUUAUUUGGUUGUAACCCCCCCAGGCAAAUUACACCUGUGAUUUCACCUGUCAUUUCUUACCGUGUAUAUUAUUAUGUAUCUGUGUAUAUUUUUAAUUCACUGGUGUUCUCUUGUUUCGGUGAGUUUCUCUGGUUUUGUUUGUGUGUGUGUGUGUGUGUGUGUGUGCGUGUGCGUGUGCGUGUGUGUGUG